AUGAAGGCGGAUGAGGAUGCGAUGCUGAGGCUGAGCCAUCGGGUAAAGAAAAAAUUCCUCAGGAUCGCGGACGAUGGUAGCAAAGGGGGCAAGAGGUCGGUGGAGGCCGCAGCGAGUGGGGUUGCUGCCAGAAGGCAGUGGAAGCAGAGCUCUUUGACCAUCGACGAAGGUCCUGACACUACACGCGCUCUUGAGGAGGGUGAUGGGGAGGGGGCAGGGGACGAAGUGGACGGGGACGAUGAUUCAAGAGCAGCGAGCAGGAUCAGGCUGUUUCUCCGGAGGCUCUCAAAGGUCAGCGAGACGGACUCGCUGUCGAUCUGCACAGAUCAAGAUGAACUCAACGAGAUGGGAACCUACUCGCAGAAAGGCAACCUGCCAAAGAUCCAAACCUCAACCCCAUCUCGGCAUCUUCAGAAGUACUCUGAGAGCCCUGUAUGCCCCAACUCGACCUUCAUCGUCCCCACCAACAUGCAAGCGUUUGGGAAGAACUUUCAGAAGCGGAAGUCCAGAUUCUUGGGCUCGGAGGACCCCAAGAUUGUGGACGAUGUGUUGGAAGCAGAUCACAGUCUUGAAGGCCUUGUUGAGGGAGAGGACGAUGAAGACGAGGGAGAGGAGGAGGAGGAGGAGGAGGAAGAGAACGAGAGAGGAGACGACAAGGACAAGGACAACGUAACUGGGGAAAAGGGAGAAGGAGCAAGCUUGAGACAGGGAAGGAAGUAUGAAGCUGCGACUGCCAACACUCUGACCGACCAUAAUCCGAUGUUCAAGUCCCACAAGAACCUGCAAAGAGCUCCGAACUCUCCCAUCUUCUCCCUGGAUGAGGAGAAAGAAGUCCUUGAGAGGGUCAAAAGACUUGACCUGACCAACACCAAGAUGUCAAGAAAGAUUGCAAGACUCGCACUUGCAAAAGAUCAAGAUCAAGUCGUUCACCGGGCAGACAUCAGAAUCGGAGAAGUGAUACGAGGAGAAGUCGGAAACUUCCCUCAGGUCUGCGUCUUCCGCCUCAGCUUCUCACGUUCCUCCCACCUCAACACGCUGAGGAACAAGAAGGCCGUCAGGGAAACCUUGUCAUCAGUUCGCCGCACCCUCGCCUCCUCUCACGCUCCCCGGGUCUCCAAGGCUCCAAGCUCCUGCAGGACUAGCACUCCUCGGGUCUCCGAGACCCUCGAGAAACUUUUCAGAGCUGCUGGCGUCGUUGACAACUCAGAGGAUGAGGAGUUGGCAGCAUGGACUGAGCGAGGAAAUGGUGAUGACAAACAAUGA